AUGGCGCAGGACACGUACUGGGGCUCCUUUGAAGAGAUUUCCAAGUACAAUGUGCAGCUCAACUACCUCGAGAGGAUGUGGAUGACCUGGUACGCAUGGAUGGGCAACGAUAUCCUGGCCACGGGCAUCAUGUCUUUCACCAUCCACGAGCUUUUCUACUUCGGCCGCUCGCUUCCCUGGAUCAUCAUCGACUGCAUACCCUACUUCAACCGCUUUAAGAUUCAACAGAACAAAAUUCCUACUGCUUGGGAACAGACACAAUGCGCCCUCCUCGUCCUCCUCUCCCACUUCACUGUCGAACUCCCUCAGAUCUGGCUAUUCCACCCCAUGUGCCAGUACUUUGGCCUCCAGACCUCUGUUCCUUUCCCCAGCAUCUACAAGAUGGCAUACCAGAUUGCCAUUUUCUUCGUUUUCGAGGACGCAUGGCACUACUGGGCCCACCGCCUCAUGCACGCCAGCUCAUUCCUGUACAAGAACAUCCACAAGAUUCACCACCAAUACUCUGCUCCCUUCGGUCUCGCAGCAGAGUACGCCUCACCCAUUGAGGUCAUGGUUCUGGGUUUCGGCAGUGUUGGUGUUCCCAUUGUGUGGUGCGCCAUCACCAAGGACCUUCACAUCUUGACCAUGUAUUGCUGGAUUGUGCUACGUCUGUUCCAAGCCAUUGAUGCCCACAGCGGCUACGAGUUCCCCUGGAGUCUGCACCACAUCCUGCCUUUCUGGGCAGGUGCUGAGCACCACGACGUCCACCACGAGAAGUUCAUUGGCAACUACGCUAGCAGCUUCAGGUGGUGGGACUUUGUCCUUGAUACCGAGGCUGGUGCUGAGGCUUCCAAGAAGCGCAGAGAGCGCAAGAUGGCCAAGCUCAGGAAGGCCCAGUAA